UUCACAGUUUGCUGCGUAAGGGACGGCCUGGGAAAAAGCACGAGCAAAAACUAGUGGAAAACAUAACAAAUAAAACAUAAACACUCAGGUAACCGAAAAUGAACACGGUACUGGAUUUGUGCGUGUAAUUGGAAAAAGUCGAUUCAUUUUCGUGUUUUCGUAGAAGAAAAGACACAGGGAAACUUCCAAAGGGAUUCUAAAUCGCAGUAUGUUGGAAUAAGACAAAGGCUCGGGAGUUCUGAGUAUAAACGGUUUGAAAGCCUGUCCCUUCUGCUGUGGCUGAAUGGGAAGAAUGGAAAUGGAAGAGCAAUGGUGGAAGGGCCAACUUGCGGCAGACAUCCAUCAGGCUCUUCGCAUUAAGGAGCUGAAGCUGCCUGCUUUCCGGGCCCAUUCACCGCAGAUUGGCAUGCGCCGCUAUUUUGCAGACCUCUUGGCUAUUCUCAGUAAUCGCUACCAUCUCUGCCCCACGGCACGCCACCUUGCUGUCUAUCUGCUGGACCUCUUCAUGGAUCACUAUGAUGUCGCUGUCAAACAGCUCUACGUCAUUGCGCUGUCCUGCCUGCUCCUGGCCAGUAAAUUUGAAGAGAAGGAAGACAGAGUCCCCAAACUGGAACAGCUGAAUAACCUGAGCUUUAUGUGCACCCUGAACCUGGUGUUGAACAAGAAAGACUUGAUCAAGAUGGAGGUGCUUCUUCUGGAGACCUUCAGCUGGAACCUGUGCAUGCCGACUGCUGCCCACUUCAUCGACUACUACCUCUACGCCUCUGUCCAGGAGAACGACCUACACAACGGCUGGCCACUCACCUCCAUCACCAAAACCAAAGCCUUCAUUGAGAAAUACACACACUACUUUCUAGAAGUGUCUUUGCAGGAUCACUCCUUCCUCAGUUUCCGCCCAUCUCAGGUAGCUGCAGCCUGUAUAGCAGCAUCCCGGAUCUGUCUGCAGAUCUCUCCCAGCUGGACCACACAGCUGCACCUGCUCACGGGCUACACCUGGGACCACCUCACCCAGUGCAUCGAACUCAUGCUAAUGGCCCAUGACAAUGAUGUCAAAGAAGCAAACAAGACCAAAACACAGCAGCCAAGUAUCCAGCAGCCGCCAGUCAGCUACACACAUCUUUCCCAGCACUCCACCCCUCUCUCCCAGCUACACACUCUAGCUGAGGCCCAGGUUUUGGCGCCAGUCGUUCCUCGGGACUACCUGCAAGCUCACCGUGCCACCCUGCUGUCUAGCAGUGCCAGUGCCAGCAACUGCACCUUCCACUCCUACCCCAGCCUUCCAUCCAGCCUCCAGCCUCCUGUAAGGACCCUGCCAAUCCAGGGGCCCAUUUCCAUGCAGGUUGCCAUAGCGACAGAGCCACGCCACUGCUUGUCUGUCGCCUAUGGCAGCAGUUAUCUUAGUGGACACCAUUCCUUUGCAGCUGGAUGUUUUGAUAGGUGACAAAAAGUGGGAGACAAAUAAGCCAUUAAUAAAACGCCAGAGAAAAAUAAGACAUGGGACCAGGGCAAGAACUGUUGGAAACGAGUCUUUCUUUAUCACACCUUCAAGCUAAGUGUUGGAAUAGUGGGGUUUGUUAAGCAUUUUCAGCAUUUUAUACUGCAACUUAGGAACUCAUUGUCACUUUCACACAAGCUCCUAGCAGCCCGCUUGUGAAAUAGGUCUGUUGCUUCAAGCAUUUGCCGACCAUGCAGAUUACUAAAGCACAUGGUAUUUAAAUUUCAAUCUGGUAUGGAGACAAAUUCCCAAUGAGAUUUAAUUUUAAGAAAGGUGGUCUGCAAGGGAAAUAAAGCAGAGGUAUAGAUGCUGCUGCAGCAUCAGACGCUAAUGCAACGCUAGACUAUUCCACUCUGCUUUCCUCUGUGGCUUUGUGUAGAAAGCAUUAAGGUUUUAUUAGGAAGUGGUGGGUAAUUCAAUCGAUUUUUAAUGCUAGACCUCCUGCCAGUAAACCAUAGUGGUAAAUUGCAAUCAUAUGUGUUUCUUGCCUCAGCCCAACUGGGGGCUAGAUGAAGCUUUAAUUGAUUUAUUCCACCUGAGAGCAUAUUAUUCAGUAAAUCAGAAUGACUUUGUUACGUUAAUCAGGGCCAGAGUGCAUCCACGUUAAACAAAACAUAAAUCUGGAAGGGGAGUUAUUCCAGCAAGCCACUGGCACCUGACCAGACACCUGAAACUGAACAGCUAUAUUAAUGUCUCACAUUCCUGCUUCCCUCCAGCACUGCCGUGUGUAUUUAUGUCUUUACCGACUGUAUCUCUCUCUCUCUCUCCUCUCUUUCUCUCCCUUCCCCCAUCCAAGUAACUGAAGCUUGAGGUUUCUUGAGUGCCUUUGAAUAGUGAGUGAGUAUUUCCUCCAGCCCCAUCCAAGACCAGGAGCUGUUUUGAUUCUAACUAGUAAGAAAUCUAGGAAAAUACAGUAAUUGCCAACGGCAAGCAGUCGAUUGUAUGCUUCAUAAUAAACAGCUGAAAAAUGUAAAAGCCACCACUGAAGAUCAGAAUAAGGUUUAAUUACAAAUACAGGUUCUGCCUUUAAACAAACUGACU